AUGUCUACUCAACAAGUACGCAGAUGUAUAUGUGAUGUUUUGGGAGAAGACUUGGAGAACACAGCGCACGAUUGGACCCAAGGUCGCCUAAAGAAACUGCAAAACACCACAUCCACCUUGUAUAACGUUUCACUAAGCAAGGUAAUGCUGAAACAGCACGAAGAGGUGGCAAGGGCGCACCUGUGCGCCUUUCUGGCAGCCGAAAAGCUAUCCGAAAAAUAUGAACCGGACUUACGAUACAGAAGCGACAAGAUUCCGCUCGACCCUCGACAAACCUCUAAAAUGCUCGAUAUUCUGAGAAACACACUCUUGACCGCGUCUCCUGUCAAAAACCUUAGCUGGUCACCCAGUCCGAAGAAAAUGCAACGUAGCCCUGUGAAAAAUGGAGGACGUUUCACUGCGAUCCACCCAAAUGAAAUGCGUAAACAACUAUUCGGAACCCCUACCAAAGGGGGCAGAGACAAAGAAGUUCCCAAUGGCAACUCUGGAGCGCCAAAACAGGGCGCUUCGAAGGAUACAGCUGUCCAAGAUAUCACCUUAAGUCCCAAGCGCACUGCAAGAAGAAAGCUAGUAUUCGAAAUGGAUGAAGCGGAGGACCAGCGGGACGUCACAAUAGCUCAAGAUCCUACGUUGGUGUCUGUUGUACCUGAUGAACCCGAUAAAAUCGAUGAACCGGACGAAGAUUUCGAGCCUGCAUCUACGCAAUCUAGCCCUAGUAAGAGAACUACGUCCCCCAAAAGACGCUUCCAGGCUCCAGAUUUAGAUGCAUCCACAACAUCGGCAAAUCAGCGCAGCUGUUUGCUUUACAAAAAGUAUUAUAAAGUAACUGCCGCAGAGAUAGUAGAACUAUGCAAUCAUUUCGAGCUGCCACGCGACGUUACCUAUCGGAUUCUAGAUCAAUUUUUCGAACAUGCGACGUAUCUCGUAUUCCCGUUUCAACUGGUAUGCGGACUCGUUCUCAAUUGUUGCCAAGUAGUUUUCAAUGAACAGCGUCGUAAAGACCCUAGGGUGACCGAAUAUCUCUAUCAGAAAAUGUGUCUACUUAUGCAGACAACUGAGCUUUCCGAGAUCAAAGAAUCUAUGCGCAUAGUACGAGAACUCAUCGAUUGUGAAAAGUGGUUCCGUAACCUAAAGGUACAGCACGAUUACUACGAUGGAGUUGCUUACGAGGAGGCCAUUGCCAUCAGGCUGGGCAAUAUGCUCCAAAGACCUACAAAUAUUGCCUCUGAUGAGCAAUUUGGAAUCUGGAAGAACCGUUUAGUGACGGAUAUUUCCUUAAGAGAUGGAGCUUGA